AGUUUUCUCUAUUAAAUGAUCCUUUCGUCUGACUCAAAUCAAGAUUCUCAAAAUCAAGCCUGUGCUACAACUACACUGGCCAAAUAUUUCGUACUCGAGAACUCAGAAAUCAAUUCGACCACCAUCAUGUUGUCCUUGUCCUUGACCCGUCAUGUCCAGCUCAGUGGACUUCAGAAGGCCCUCACUAGCCUAUCGCUCAGUUCUGCUCGGCCAAGUUUGGCCGCCUUCUCGACUUUGGGGAACUGCCAGCCUCAAGCUCAGGCUGUUCAGGCAGGCAAAUCUAAGUGGUCUGGGAUGUGCGUGCCAAGGCGGGAAUUUCAAACCUCUUUGAGCAUGAAGAGCUCGGAUCACGUCAAGUUAUGGACGGCGGAGCGAUUGGUGUCCUUAGGCCAGAUUCCAGCCUUCAUUUUGCCCUUGAUGAUCACUAAUCCCGUGACAGAUGCCAUCUUCUGUACUCUCUUGGUGCUUCAUUCUCAUUGGGGCAUUGAAGCCAUUGUAGUGGAUUACAUCCGACCGAGUCUGUUCGGUGGAAAAACCCUCAUCCCAAACAUUGCCCAAGGUUUAGUGUGGGUUUUCUCGGCUGUCACUUUGGGCGCCUUGUACUACUUCAAUUACACCGAUGUGGGCGUGGUGAACGCAAUCAAAAUGCUGUGGACCCUCUAACCGCUCUGCCACAUGCACCUAAAAGUUAUAAGAACCAAAUAAAUUUCUUUAUGAAUAAAGAGGACGAGUUUAUGAGCGCUUUAUCUACAA